UUCCUGUGUUCGCGGGUCGGCGGAAGAUGGCGGCCGCCGAAGGGGUCUGGUGCCUGUGCAACUUGUUGAGGUUUUUUUAUUCAUUAUUCUUCCCUGGGCUAAUUGUAUGUGGAACUUUAUAUGUAUGUUUGGUCAUUGUCCUUUGGGGAAUCAGACUGCUGCUACAGAGAAAGAAAAAAUUCGUGUCAACUAGCAAAACUGGGAAAAAUCAAAUGGUGAUUGCAUUUUUUCAUCCAUACUGCAAUGCUGGCGGAGGAGGAGAAAGAGUGUUAUGGUGUGCUUUAAGAGCCCUGCAGAAAAAGUAUCCUGAAGCCGUUUAUGUUGUUUAUACCGGCGAUGUUAAUGUCAGCGGUCAACAGAUACUAGAAGGUGCUUUCAGAAGAUUUAACAUCAGAUUAAUUCUCCCAGUCCAGUUUGUUUUUUUAAGGAAACGCUAUCUUGUGGAAGAUUCACUCUAUCCUCACUUCACACUGCUGGGCCAAAGUCUAGGAUCUGUUUUUCUCGGCUGGGAAGCUCUAAUGCAAUGUGUUCCUGAUGUUUACAUCGAUUCCAUGGGAUACGCUUUUACACUUCCUCUGUUUAAGUAUAUAGGGGGUUGCCAAGUUGGAAGCUAUGUUCAUUAUCCUACUAUCAGCACUGACAUGCUCUCUAUAGUGAAGAAUCAAAAUGUUGGACUUAAUAAUGCAGCCUUCAUUACCAGGAAUCCUUUUCUCAGCAAAGUAAAGCUCAUUUACUACUAUUUAUUUGCUUUUAUUUACGGACUUGUUGGUUCUUGCAGUGACGUAGUCAUGGUCAAUUCUUCUUGGACACUAAACCAUAUUCUCUCACUGUGGAAAGUUGGGAAUUGCACUAACGUUGUUUAUCCACCUUGCGAUGUGCAGACAUUUCUGGACAUUCCCUUACAUGAGAAAAAGACAACCCCAGGCCAUGUGCUGGUUUCUGUUGGCCAGUUUAGGCCGGAAAAGAAUCAUCCAUUGCAGAUCAGAGCCUUUGCUAAAUUGCUGAAGAAGAAGAUGGUUGAGUCAUCUCCUCUUAAACUUGUCCUUAUUGGAGGUUGUCGUAACAAAGAUGAUGAACUUAGGGUAAACCAACUGAGAAGGCUAUCUGAGGAUUUAGGAGUUCAAGAAAAUGUGGAAUUUAAAAUAAACAUUCCAUUUGAUGAAUUAAAGAAUUCUUUGUCAGAAGCAACAAUUGGUCUGCAUACCAUGUGGAACGAGCAUUUUGGGAUUGGAGUUGUGGAGUGUAUGGCAGCUGGCACAAUUAUCCUUGCACACAAUUCAGGGGGCCCGAAGCUUGACAUUGUUGUUCCUCACGAAGGAGAUAUAACUGGCUUUCUGGCUGAGAGUGAAGAAGGCUAUGCUGAAACUAUGGCUCACAUUCUUUCCAUGUCUGCAGAAAAGAGACUCCAAAUCAGAAAAAGUGCCCGUGCAUCUGUAAGCAGAUUCUCUGAUCAGGAAUUUGAAGUGGCAUUUCUAUCAUCUGUGGAAAAGUUACUUAAGUAAUGCCAUAUCUAUAAAAUUAAAGAUAUUUUAUAUAAAAUGGUUAAAAACCUUCACAUGUAAAUAUUUUUCUAAAUUCAAUCUCAUUUGUCAAAUCACUUUACUUUAGAAAACAGGAAAGAAAAUUUCCUUUUAGAAUAAAAGGAAGUGUUGAAA